CCAACACCGCAGCGCAGAUCACGCGGUCUCCACGGUCGUCUCUCCCCCAAAACUCCCACGCUAGCACCGCUGCUGCUUCAAACCCCGAGCGAGCCCCCUAUCGCCUCGAUCUCCCUUCGUCAAACCCAUUCGCACACAAUGGGCAACCGCACCUCGCGCCACCGCCGCGCCGCCGCCGACCAGCCGGCCGCGGCCCCUCCGCCGACGGCCCAGCCCAAACCCCAGCCGCAGCCGAAGCCGAAGCCACAGACGGCGCCGGCCCCGGCCCCGACGCCGGAAGCGGGACAGGUAGCCAUGGGCCGCGUUCUGGGACGUCCGAUGGAGGACGUGCGCGCGACCUACACCUUCGGCCGCGAGCUCGGCCGGGGGCAGUUCGGGGUCACCUACCUCGUCACGCACAAGGCUACGGGCCAGCGCUUCGCCUGCAAGUCCAUCGCCACGCGGAAGCUCGUCCACCGCGAUGACAUCGAGGAUGUGCAGCGCGAGGUGCAGAUCAUGCACCACCUCACGGGUCACCGCAACAUCGUCGAGCUCCGCGGCGCCUACGAGGACCGCCACUCGGUCAACCUCAUCAUGGAGCUGUGUGAGGGAGGGGAGCUAUUCGACCGCAUCAUCGCGCGGGGGCACUACUCCGAGCGAGCCGCCGCCUUGCUCUGCCGCGAGAUGGUCUCCGUUGUGCAUAGCUGCCACUCCAUGGGGGUUUUCCACCGGGAUCUCAAGCCCGAGAACUUUUUGUUUCUGAAUAACAAGGAGGACUCGCCGCUCAAGGCCACUGACUUCGGCCUCUCCGUCUUCUUCAAACACGGGGAGCAGUUUAAGGAUCUUGUUGGAAGUGCGUAUUAUGUUGCUCCUGAGGUUCUGAAGCGGCACUAUGGAGCAGAAGCUGACAUAUGGAGUGCUGGGAUUAUUCUGUACAUCCUUCUGUCUGGUGUUCCUCCUUUUUGGGCAGACAAUGAGGAUGGCAUAUUUGAGGCUGUCUUGCUUGGUCACAUAGAUUUCUCAUCUGACCCUUGGCCUUCAAUAUCUAAUGGUGCAAAAGAUUUGGUGAAGAAGAUGUUGCGGCAAGACCCCAAAGAGCGCUUGACUGCUGCGGAGAUUUUGAAUCACCCAUGGAUCAGGGAAGAUGGAGAGGCUCCAGAUAAGCCACUUGACAUUACUGUUAUCAGUAGAAUGAAGCAGUUCAGGGCGAUGAACAAGCUUAAGAAAGUUGCAUUGAAGAUCGUUGCAGAGAACUUGUCUGAGGAAGAGAUUACAGGCUUGAAAGAAAUGUUCAGAUCCCUGGACACUGAUAACAGUGGGACAAUUACUCUUGAAGAGCUAAGAUCUGGUUUACCAAAACUUGGCACCAAAAUUUCUGAAUCAGAAAUUACACAGUUAAUGGAGGCGGCUGAUGUUGAUGGAAAUGGGACCAUUGAUUAUUCUGAGUUCGUAUCAGCGACAAUGCACAUGAAUAGAUUGGAGAAGGAAGACCACAUACUUAAAGCAUUUGAAUAUUUUGAUAAGGACCACAGCGGAUACAUAACAGUAGAUGAGCUGGAAGAAGCUCUGAAGAAGUAUGACAUGGGGGAUGAUAAAACAAUUAAAGAUAUCAUUGCUGAAGUAGAUACAGAUCAUGAUGGAAGAAUCAACUACCAGGAGUUUGUUGCCAUGAUGAGAAACAACAGCCCUGAGAUUGUUCCAAAUCGGCGGCGCAUGUUCUAAUUAUCUUCUACUGUAACUUCUUGAAUACCGCUUAGACAUCUUCCUGGCCCCAUUAUCUUCCAAGAAUACUUUCGAGGGAUGUGUCAUUUCGAUGUUAUUGUCCCUCAUCUUUGGACUUGGUGUGUAUUUCCUCGAUCACAUGAUUGGUUCAGUUGCUGCAGCGACGGUGUUAUGAUCAUAUGUCGUACUGCCUCCUGAUCAUUUAUAUGAAAACAGGCGUUGUUUAUCAGUUUUUUAA